UGGCGCGCUAACUUAUCUAAUUCUAGCCGCUUGCGGCACCGAGCAGUAACUCUAGUUUCAAUAGACAUUUCAAUUUUCAUUAAUAAUUUCGAGGUGAAGUGUUGUACAGUGUACUUGAAAUUACUAGUUUGCCAAUAAGUGAAUGUAAUAGUGCAGCCACAAUAUAUUAUAUAGAAUAAUGAACAAAAAACCAAAUAAAGAAUUCUUCGUAGUGCAGUUUCUAGAAAGGCCAUAUGCUUAUUUGGAUGAAUUUAUUUAUGUACCUAUAAAUGACGCUAUUAAUAUCAAUGAAAAAGAUUUCACUGUGUUCACAUAUCCCAUUGAUCCAGGUAUGAAGAAUAAAAUUUAUUAUGAUAGAUGGCCUUAUUUCUGGGGUAAACUGAGAUCUCUGGAAGUUACUGCACAAAGGGCAAGAGCUAUUUGUAAAGACCUGAACUCUCGGAAACCAGAUGAUGAAGAUAGAGAUUUAAACGAUCCUGUGGAUAAUACAGCUGAUUUAAAAAAAAAUGCAAAAAAACGAAAGGCUACAACAGCACGUACAACAACCAAAAAAAAAACUAAACUUGGAGAAUCCACAAAGCCUCAAGAAAUAAAAGCUUUAGACGAUGAUGAUAUGUUAACGCCAGAAUUUAUGAAAACUUUAUCGAAAGAAUUGGAAUUAUACGAAGAAGAACAUAAAGAACUAAAGGAAGCUCAAGAAAAAAUUUCUCAGAAAUCUUGUCUGCUUAAAGAGUUUAUAGAAAAAUUGAAAUCUUACAACAAUGAACAGAAUAUAGUCGAUGAUAAAUACCAGAAGCUAGUUGAAAUAAUCAAAGAGAAAGAAAAACAAAUCAAUGAACUUAAAUUGCAACUGAAAGGGGAAGGGAAAAAGGGGACAGAGGUUGCAAAUGACAAAGUAAAUUCUGUUACUCGAUGGACUUUGAGAUAUCCUGAAGAAACUGACGAUUCAUUCGAGUUAUUAAGUGACAGUGGUGUGUAUGUAAAUGGUGUAGCAUUUAACUAUAUUGUAAGGGCGGCGAAAACGAUGACUGACUUAGCUCGCAUGCUAUUACACGAGGUAUUCACAGAUAAAGCUUUAAAUACAUGCAAUUUUAAUUCACUGGAUUCAAACGCUAUAAAUACGUUGGUAGAGUGUGUUAGAUUCAUCCGCCGACCUAAUGGCGUUGGCUUUUACAAUGUUGCAAAAGAAAAUAUUAUAAGAUCCAUCAAAACCCGGCUUUAUUAUAUUAACAAAAUACCAGCAUAAAUAAUUGUUAAGUUAAAAAGGUUGCAUGACCAAUUGUCUAUCUAUUAUUUUUGAUACGACAAAUUGGUCUAUGGUCUACCCUUCAGCUGCAUUUUGAUUAUAUUUUUAUUGUUAUUACAUAUUCUUUAGCUUAAUCAUUAUGUUUGUAUUUUAUGUGCCAUUUUUGAAUGUACGUAAGCCACAAAACUAGGCUUAAGGAGAAUGUACCUCAGGAAAGUGCUUGUGAUAAUCACAACUGUGAUGGCUUAUUUAGGGGAUGAGUCCAGGGUUCCAAUAUGUGAAGCGUUUAUA